CAUAUUCCCCACAAUUUUCCAUACAACAGACACAGCUAAGGCGCAUGUGCUCCACUCAUAACUCUCAUUAGUACGUGUUGACUUGUCUCUACUUUUUCUUUCCUUUUCGCUCCCUAGACUAGACCAACACAUUUCUUUUUCCUCUUCCUAAAAACUUCGAUUCAUUUUCACUCCAAUGCAAUACCAAUAACAAGAAUUGUUUGCAAGAACCAAAAAAAAAAAAAAAAAAAAAAAAACAACAAAUUACACAAAUGCUUCAAUUUCGUUGUCGUCUCCGAUCAAUCCCAGCCGUCGUCCUCCUCACUCUGCUCGUUCUAUGGCCGUUGAUGUGUCUCGCGAUUCGUUCUUUUCCCAACUCCGGCGAGUCGGAAUUCGAGAAAUUGAUGUUCCAAUUCUCUGAAGCACCAGAGUACCGUAACAACGGUGAGUGUCCGAUCUAUUCCAAUCGGGAAUUAGUAUAUUCUUGUGACCAAUCACUCGUCCACAUUGCAAUGACUCUCGACUCCGAAUACCUCCGGGGUUCCAUCGCCGCGGUCCAUUCGGUCCUCCGCCACGCCUCCUGCCCCGAAAACAACUUCUUCCAUUUCAUCGCCGCCGAGUUCGACCCGUGGAGUCCCCGGGUCCUUACCCAACUCGUCCGAUCCAUUUUUCCUUCUCUGAAAUUCAAGGUUUAUAUCUUCAGAGAAGACGCUGUAAUAAACCUCAUCUCUUCCUCGAUCCGACAAGCUCUCGAAAACCCGUUAAACUACGCCCGGAACUACCUGGGUGACAUUCUCGACCCGUGUGUAAACCGGGUCAUCUAUCUCGACUCGGAUGUAAUCCUCGUCGACGACAUUCACAAGCUCUGGAAGAUAACCCUGACCCGAAACCGUGUCAUCGGAGCGCCCGAAUAUUGCCACACCGACUUCACCAAAUACUUCACCGACAAUUUCUGGUCCGACCCGGUUCUAUCAAGGAAAAUCGGGUUGGGCAAGCACUGUUACUUCAACACGGGAGUGAUGGUGAUGGAUUUGGUGAAAUGGAGAGAUGGGAAUUACCAGAGGAAGAUUGAGAACUGGAUGGAACUGCAGAGGAAGAUGAGGAUUUAUGAACUGGGUUCGUUACCGCCGUUCUUGCUGGUGUUUUCCGGCGAGGUGGAGGCGGUGGACCACCGGUGGAACCAGCACGGGCUCGGCGGCGAUAACCGGAGGGACAGUUGCCGGAAAUUGCAUCCGGGUCCGGUGAGCUUGCUCCAUUGGAGUGGGAAGGGAAAGCCGUGGGUCAGACUCGACAACAAGAAACCGUGUUCGUUGGAUUAUAUUUGGAAACCGUACGAUCUUUACAAGCCGAAUCACAAGCGGUCUUCUAAUCAACAGCCGUUGGUUUUGGCUACUUCUUCGAAUUCGAAUUUGAUUGGCUACUCAAAUUAUUUCACAUGAUUCUUUGAAUUUUUUUAUUUUUAGGGAAAAUCUUUUUGGGGGUUUACAUAGUGAUUCAUUCUUUGAUUGCCGUGUAUAUAGAUUGGGUUUAGGAUUAAAAUUGUUUUUAAAAAGAAUUUCAUUUGUUAUACCAAAUUUGAUUUAGUUUUGC